GUCUUUGUUUUCAGGCACUUGUCUCGUUCGGCAUUUAAUGUGUGUGUUGCUUUCGUUUUAGUAAUUUUUUACUAAUAAAAUAUAAAAAAAGAUAUUUUUAUAAAUAAUGGUUCCAAAGUCGAAACCAAUUAAUUUUGCUCGGUGUUUCAUCUGGACGACUAAAAAGAGUAUAAUUGUGCCGGUGUCAAAAAUUGUUAAUUUUAAAGUUGAUCAACAAAAUAAAAAAAGAGCCUACAAAAUCAAAAGUGAUAAUGGAAUUCAAGAAGGAUUCAUCACAGAUUUCGGUGCAACAGAGGAUGAUUUGAAAGAAAAAACAGGAAAACGAUCACAUGUUCCACCAAGGAAAGUUGUUGAAACAGCUACUGAAUUGUCGACAGAUGAUGAAUUACGACCUGAUAAAAAGUCUAAACAGCCAAGUAAUCGAAAGGCUCCCCACUCCAUUGAGAAAAUAAAUUCUCAUCUUGCGGAACGACUAGAAUCUACUACUCAUUCGUCUCUUUUUGGAGAAGAGGAGAACCCUAGGACACCAUUAGCAGAGAUUUCAAACCAUCCUAUUACUGCCAAAUCAAAGCCGAUUGUGACGAGAAAGAAGCAACCCGCAAAAAUAAAAAUUGCCUCCAAUGAAUCAACUGCUUCAUCAGAGUCCGGCAAAUCGUUAGAAAAUGGUGAACAGUCUUUAGAGAAUUUAAAUGCGACUGUACAAAUCAACUGUUUGGUGACAUCUACACCGCCAAUAGAUGUAGAUUCUGUAAAAUCUGUCGAAAACUUUUCUUUUGCAAGAAGGAGUGAAUCGGAAAAGACCACACAUUUUCAAAACGUAACUGCACCUGUUACAAAUGAUAAAUCUUCAGAAUCUCCAGUAUGCAUUCAGCAAGAUCAAGAAAGAAGCAACAGUGCAUUGUCUCAUUAUAGUGAAAAAAGUUUCUCUGAAGAAACAAUUGUCGAUAAAAGAAGGGAAUCAAGAAUUGGUUCUCUGAGUGAUAUUGUUAACAAUUAUAAAGGAGAAUGUCGAAACAUUAGCGAGCAAUUGAAAUCAAAAAAUAAAGAAUUAAAAGCGAGUAAAUUGAAAGCAGCAGAAUUGGAGGCAAAGCUUGAAGAAAUAAGUACUCGACUGGAGAAUGUGCUUAAAGAAAAUGAAGAGCUAAGACAUCUCAACAGACAAUCGCAAUAUUUCAUUCAUCAAAAAAUGGACACAAUUCACGAUACUAUUAAAAUGCAUAGUCAGGCUAUGCAAAUACAAGAAGAGUCUCUGGAUUCCCCUGUUGGAAUGUACAAUGCAGACAGGUCAAAAUUGUACAUGGGAAGAGAACAGUGGAUCUCAACUGAAACCUAUGCAGACGUAAUGUCCACAGAAAAGUCUUUUCCAAAAAUUGUCAAGCGGUUUGCGAUUGACAUGUUUGGAAAAGAAGUUCUGCGAAAAAGUACCGUUACUGGUUUUAGCAGUAACCGUAGUAAUGCUGGCAGGGUGCCCACUGAAACUCUGAGUUCUGCUAAACUUCUAGCCAUCAGAGAUUUUUACAGUUUUGCUUUGCAAAAAGAGAAGUCUAUGAGCAGAAAUUCUGCCGACAUGGAGGCAUGGAAUACUCUUAAGUAUAUCUCAAAGCAAAUCAGCGAUUUAAAAAAUCCUCCAAGAAAGAGAGUGAGAAAAGUAAACAAGAAAAGGAAAACUAUUUUAGGAGCUAUGCCCGAAGACAAUGCGACUGAAAAUUUAGAUCAGUAUGUGCCUGGAGAAGAUGAAAUUGAAUAUGUGCCUGGAGAAGAUGAAACAAUUGUAGAGAAGUAUGUACCUGGAGAAAAUGAAAUAAAUUUUGAUGAACAAAAUCCUCUGGACGAAGCCGAAAUAACUGAAGAGAUUGAAUAUGAAGAAAUAGAAGAAAUAGAAGAAAUAGAAGAAGAAUAUAUGGAGGAAGAUAUGGGAGAAAGUAUGGACGAAGAUAUGGAAGAGAUUGAUGGACUGAUAUUUUAAGUUUAUAUUUAUUUUGUUAAAAAAUUACUGUAAUAUUUUAAAAAUAAUAAUUUAUAAAUAAUUUACAAA